UGCUUUAACUAUCUGUACUUUGUUCAACCCCUCUACGUCUCUUCACGCCCCUCUUUCUUUUUCGACAAUGAACAAGUUUGUCGAAAAAUAUGCCUCAUCGGCAUUUCAAAUGCCACUCGAUGGUGGUCUAGUCAACAUGCAGGGCAAAUGGGAUGCUGCCCAAGAACUCGCUUAUCCUACCUUUGACAUUCCUGAUGUCCACAACCCUGUUGAUUUCCUUCGAAACGUGACCGAUGAGGAUUCACCAGAAUACAAGAUCAAGAUUCAGCACGGUACAACUACGCUUGCUUUCCAAUUCCAAGGCGGUGUUGUUGUCGCUGUCGAUUCGCGUGCUACUAUGGGCAACUAUAUUGCCUCGCAAACGGUCAAAAAGGUGAUCGAGAUCAAUCCAUAUCUGCUCGGUACCUUGGCCGGUGGUGCUGCAGACUGUCAAUACUGGGAACGUGAGUUGGGCCGUCGAUGCCGUCUCUAUGAACUUCGAAACAAGGAACGCAUUUCGGUUGCAGCAGCAAGCAAAUUAUUAGCAAAUAUGGUCUAUUCGUACAAGGGCAUGGGCCUGUCCAUGGGCACAAUGGUCACUGGUUGGGAUAAGUCUGGACCCAAUUUGUUCUAUGUCGAUUCAGAUGGCCAGCGAUUGAAGGGUGACAUCUUCUCGGUUGGCUCUGGCUCUACAUUUGCAUACGGUGUAUUGGACAGUGGAUACGAUUACGACUUGUCAGUAAAGGACGCCAUCGAACUCGGAAAGCGAUCCAUCUUCCAUGCCACACAUCGUGAUGCCAUGUCUGGUGGUUCUAUCAACUUAUAUCAUGUCACUGAAGAAGGAUGGACAUACCACGGCAACCACGAUGUCGGACCGCUCUUUUUCGAAUACCAGGAUGAAAUGGCAAGAUCACGGCGAUAAACCGGCCGUGCUGAAUACACAUACAUUUCUCUCUCAUGAUUUUAAAAAAAGAAACAUAAAAAAUCGAUGUUGGAUUAAAUGGGAUGAUUCGCGUCAGAAAAAAAAAACGGAAAUAAUGGAAUAUUUCUCUGGAUUGACAUAAAUGAGGGCAACAUAAUUCGGAAGUGUGGAGAUACCAGGUGCGGAAGCUAUUGUCCAAAAUGUAAAGAACAUGGCCUGUUUUUGCUGCGCAUGUGAUGUACUUGAUGAGCAAAGCAGUGUCUUCCUAGAGUCAUUCUGCAAUAACUAAACAGGAGAAAGAAGACCACCGACCAUUAAAAAAG